ACUUGACAAAUCGUCGACCCCCAAACCGUCAAUUUGAAAGCCAGGAAUAAUCACCAUGGCCACACAAUACCCUCCACCCUCGAAACGGCAGAAACGCGCGCAGGCCGAGUACACGCGCGAACAGCAGAAUAUUGACACAACGAUCCCAGACGGCACCGUACGAGUGCGCUUCAUAGACCAGGCCACGGGCGAGAGUGGAAGCCUGCCUGUCCUUACUGUUCCUCUGAAUCAGGCGACGACGAAGAACCUCGAAAUUCUCUUGAAUGAGCUCAAAGAUCAAGCCGACGACCAAGUACCCUACCGAUUCUUUCACGACGAGGCUACGGAAGCGCUUGGUGACAAAGAGGACCUGUACAAUGCGUUGGUGAAGUCAGGGAAAGCUUCGGCAGAGACAGAAAUUGUGCUGCAGUAUGCGCCGCAAGCUGUGUUCAGAGUGAAGGCAGUGUCGAGAUGCUCAGCAGCAGUUUCUGGGCACGGAGACAACAUCUUAGCGGUGCAAUUCUCGCCGAAGAACUCGGGGCGCAUGGCUAGUGGAAGCGGAGACAAGACAGUGAGAAUAUGGGAUUGUGACACUGGAACACCGGUCUACACUAUGAAGGGCCACACAAGGUGGGUCCUUGCGGUCAGCUACUCCCCAGAUGGUUCGUUACUGGCAUCUGGAGGCUAUGACAACGAGGUCAGGAUAUGGGAUCCCGAGACAGGAAAGCAGAUCGGCGGUGCGCUCAAGGGACACACCAACUUCAUCACGUCACUGUGCUGGGAGCCAUACCAUCUGCAAGAGCCAGGGCGGCCGAGAGUAGCGUCUUCUUCGAAAGAUGGGACGGUCAGAGUAUGGGACGCAAUGAGUGGCAGGGUCGACUAUGCACUCUCAGGACACAAGGGCAGUGUGACGUGCGUCAAAUGGGGUGGCACUGGACGAAUCUACACAUCCUCUCACGACAAGACGAUCAAGGUGUGGAACGCAGCGACUGGCCAACUACACAGCACCCUGUCUGGUCAUGCGCAUUGGGUUAAUCAUCUCGCUCUUUCGACCGAUUUCGUUCUGCGCACUGCAUACCACGAUCACACCAGGAAGGUACCGGCAACAGAAGAUGAAAAGGUAGCAAAGGCGAAAGCGCGUUUCGAGAAGGCUGCGACCAUCAGCGGUGAGAUUGUCGAGCGUCUUGCAACAGCUUCAGAAGACUGCACACUGAUCCUGUGGACGCCCUUGACAAGCCCAAAGCCAGUCACCAGGAUGACUGGGCAUCAGAAGCAAAUCAACCAGGUUGUCUUCUCACCAGACGGCCAGCUUCUCGCUUCUGCGGCUUGGGACAACCACGUCAAGCUGUGGUCUGCGCGGGAUGGAAAGUUUCUCAACACAUUGAGGGCGCACGUAGGCCCUGUGUACAUGGCUAGCUUUUCUGCAGACAGCAGACUACUCGCCAGCUGCAGCAAGGACACAACGCUCAAGGUGUGGGACAUGAGGACAGCAAAGCUGAAGGAGGACCUCCCGGGCCACAAAGACCAAGUCUUUGCAUUGGAUUGGAGUCCAGACGGCGACAAGGUGGGCAGCGGAGGUGCGGACAAACAAGUGAGGAUAUGGAGGAACUGAGAUUUGAAGAACUGAGAUACAUGCGAAGAUCGUCAGGGCACUUAUUAGUUUCGGAUACCAAAAGUUCCCAGCCUUCGAAAGCUGGGGUUAGAUGUGCGGCUGCGUGCGGAGGCUAGAGUCGCGGUCCGCUUGCUUGCAUCAACGGGUUGAACAAAGAACAUGAGAUGACUGGAUCACGACCUGGAAUAAUUGACUUUGGAUGCAGUCGCGAAGCGUGCUUGAGUUCGAACUGCCGCUGUUGCAGGCAUUUGACGCCCAGACACUUGCACAGCGGUUAUGUUGAGGUGUGCACUGGUGAG